CCCCGGCCAAACAAAAUGGCGUCGCAGCGGUCUCGAAAUACAGCAACCUUUCGGAGGCGGAGAAGAAGACGCUGCGACUGAAGAUCCUGAAGAAUAUUGUCAUCAUCUCCAUUGCUUUCGUCUUCCUCUUCACCAGUUACAAUUCGAUGGCGAACCUUCAGUCUUCGAUUAACGAGUAGAGUGACGGCACAGCCUCCCUCUCCACCCUCUACGCCGCCCUCGUCGUCUCCUGCUGCUUCGUCCCCUCUUGGCUCAUCAAGAAGCUGAGGACCAAAUACACCAUGGCGCUCUGCAUGCUGGGCUACUCGACCUACAUAGCCGCCCAAUUCUACCCGGAGAUCUACACGCUCGUGCCCACGGCCAUCAUUCUGGGCAUGGGAGCAGCGCCCAUGUGGUCGGCCAAGUGCACCUACUUGACGAAGGUCAGUUUCUCUUUUAUUGGGGGUUGACAGCGAGUGAUCAUUACCCGCUUCUUCGGGAUCUUCUUGUUCUUCCAGUCGACGCAGGGGGGGGGGAACCUCAUCUCCUCGUCGGUGCUCUCCGUGGGCGUGGGCGCGCCGAACAAGACCGAGGCCGACCUGGCUGUGUGCGGCAUCAACUUCUGCCCUUGGGACCAGAACACGACCGGCAGCUCCAACGCCACGUCUUCCAGCGAGGACGACCAGAUCCCCAAGUGGCAGAUCUACACCAUGGCCUCCAUCUACCUCUGCUUCUCCCUCUUCGCCUCCGUCAUUAUCGUCCUCUUUGUGGAUCCUCUCAAAAGCUUCGGCGAGGACGAAGACAACAGCGCCAACUCGAGCAAGUCUGGCGUCCAGCUCCUGGUGGCUUCCUUCAACCACAUGAGGCACCCCUACCAGUUGCUGAUCAUUCCCCUCACCAUCUGGUCGGGGGUCGAGCAGGCUUUCAUCGGCGCUGAUUACACGGCUGCCUACGUCUCCUGCGGCCUGGGUGUCCACAUGGUCGGCUACGUCAUGAUCUGCUACGGGGUUUGCGACGCUAUCUGCUCCAUCAGCUUCAGCCCUCUCGUCAAGAUCUUCGGGCGUAUCCCUGUCUUCACCAUGGGCUUCGCCAUCAACCUGGGCAUCAUCGUAACCCUGAUCUACUGGAUGCCCCGCCCCGACGACCUGCCCAUCUUCUUCGUUAUAUCGGGGUUGUGGGGCGUGUCCGACGCCGUGUGGCAGACGCAGAUCAAUGCUCUCUACGGCGUGAUCUUCCCCGGCGAGUCCGAGGCAGCCUUCAGCAACUACCGCCUGUGGGAGAGCAUGGGCUUCAUCAUCGCCUACGCCUGCAGCACCGUCAUCUGCAUCGAGGCCAAGAUCACGAUCCUCCUGGUCUUCAUCUCCCUCGGCGCCGUCGGGUAUUACGUCAUCGAGGCGAUCGAGUGGCGGGGGGGGCUCCGGAAGGACGCGGAGGGGAAGGUCGUCCCCGUUGACAAGUUGUUUGUGGAGUGAGGGGGUCGGGGUUUUUUUUUUGGGGGGAGG